CUUCUUUGGUAAAAUGGCAUCUUUACUCACUAGUUUCAUGGCACUUGCUCUCACUAUAUUUUCUUACAAUUUACCUUUUUAUGAUGCUUUACAAGUUACAUAUGAUAAUCGCGCCUUAAAAAUUAAUGGUCAGAGAAAACUCAUCAUUUCUGGUUCCAUUCACUAUCCUCGUAGCACAGCUCAAAUGUGGCCCUCUUUGAUCAAAAAGGCAAAAGAUGGUGGCCUCAACACUAUAGAAACUUAUGUUUUUUGGAAUGCUCAUGAACCUAAUUACCGAGAGUAUGAUUUUUCGGGAAAUAAAGAUUUGAUACAGUUUCUCAAGGCAGUAAAAAAUGAAGGGCUUUAUACUAUGCUAAGAAUAGGUCCAUACGUUUGUGCAGAAUGGAAUUUUGGAGGAUUUCCUGUGUGGUUAUACAACAUGCCAAACACAACUUUCAGAACCAACAAUGCAGUAUUCAUGAGGGAGAUGGGAAUCUUCACAAAGAAAAUUGUAGACAUGGUAAAAGGAGAGAAACUUUUUGCUAGCCAAGGGGGAAAUAUUAUCCUUGCCCAGAUUGAAAAUGAGUAUGGGAAUAUUAUAUCGCACUACGGAGAAGAAGGAAAGAAGUAUAUAAAUUGGUGUGCGGAUUUUGCCUUCUCUAAUAUUGGAGUGCCUUGGAUCAUGUGUCAAGAGGAUGAUGCUCCCAAAACUAUGAUUAAUACCUGCAAUGGAUUUUAUUGUGAUCAAUUCUGGCCUAAGAACAAUAACCCUAAAUUUUGGACUGAAAAUUGGAGUGGCUGGUUUAAGAACUGGGGUGGAGACCUCAACAGACCUGCCGAAGAUCUUGCAUUUGCUGUUGCUCGUUUUUUCAAUGGUGGAUCUCUACAAAACUAUUACAUGUACCAUGGUGGAACAAAUUUCGGAAGGACAUCGGGUGGACCAUACAUUGCUACAACAUAUGACUACAAUGCUCUCGAUGAAUAUGGCAAUGUGAACCAACCAAAGUGGGGGCAUCUCAAGGAACUCCAUAACCUUUUAUAU